AUGGCGCCCAGAGACGCUGAAGUUUCCACAGCUCGGAUUAAACGUUCGCUUCUACAGUCGUGUAGGUUGUUUUUACUGGCUGUUACUGUUGGUGUCUAUUUUAUUCCUUCACUUGAACCUGAGCCAUUCAUCUCCUUCAGGGUUACCUCUCUGAUUAAUGCCCUCCUUGCCCGGUCUGAGAGUUUUGAGUCUUUCACAGCAGACCAGAAUGGGAAUGUGUACACAGGCACAGUUGAUGGGAAGCUUUGGAGGAUCACCAACGAUAUGCUCACUUUCAUCACUCAGAUAGGCCAGAAUCUUUCAGACUGUGACACCAGCACAGAUUAUGAGCCUGUGUGUGGAUGCCCACAUGGGCUGCGCCUGGACAGCCAUGGCCAACUUAUAGUGGCCGACUCAUACCUCGGCCUGUUUAAGGUGGACCCCUUGGCAGGAGAGAAGACCCUGCUACAUUCCAGCAAAAAAGGUGCUGAUGGGAUCCCUUUUGGCUUUCUGAACACGCUGGAGAUUUAAAAUGGAACAGUGUCCUUUACAGACUCCAGUAGCAGAUGGCGGAGACGAUUCUGGCUGAAGGGGCCUAAAGCUGGCACAGCACAGACUGCCCUGAGCAACAUGAUUGGUUAUUCAGACAACAUCCGGGUCAAUGACCGUGGCACUUUCCUGGUGGGUAUCAACACUGUCUGCUUCUGUGGCCGACUGUUCCCACCUUUCUUGGACCUGCUUGGACCCUAUCCUGCACUCAAGCGCUUUGUGGUCAAGGUCAAUAAAGAGAAAAGUUCACUCUUUCAGUACAGUUAG